AAACUGCGACCUAGUGCCUUACAAUUGCUUCGUAGAGUUCUCAAACGUGCUAGCGCACCUUUGAGAAAACUUCCUGAAGUCUACGACGUUCUCGACCGAGUAGGCGUCUUAGUAUGCACCGGCGUUGCCUCCGAUACUUCUGCUGCUGACGUGACCGCCGCACUUGCUGGGCAACUGUAUUGCGACUUCUUGUUGGAUUUUGCUCACGAAAAAGUGGGCUUGCAUAAGCGUAUUCAACGAUUGUUAGCCAGUGUGUCGAGUUCGGCUUGUCCGACGGACUCAUCAUCUUCGGGAGGAGGUUCUUCGUAUGAGGAAAUCAUGACU